AUGUUUAACACCCCUGAUGAACCUACAGAUUUAACUGGUAAAGCUAUUUCACCCAAAAAUGAACAGGAAAUUGCUUUAAAUUUUGCAAAAAAUGGAACUAUUCAAGAUUAUUUGCGUUAUCCUCUAACCCCACAACGAAAAGGAAAGCAAAUGAAGGGGAAAGUUGUAUAUGCUUUAACAUUUCAUUCAUGGAGAGAUGAAGAAUUAAGGAAAAUUACAUCCAAAGAAGAUGAAGCUAAAAGUAAGGAAGUUAAAAGGCAAGAAAGAAAACGACGAAAAGAUAUUUUAGAAAAAGCCAAAGAAGAUACAAAAAGAAUAAAAUUAGAAACUAAAGAAAAUAAAAACAAUCCAAAUAAAUCUUCGAGUAUUGACAAUUUUACUGAUUCUGCUAAAGACGUUACCAGAAAAAGAAAGUUCAAAGUCAAAGAGAAUAAUAACAAAGAAAAUCAAUUUUCGAAUAGUACCGAUGAAACCACUGAUUCUGCGGAAGCAGUGAAAAAACGACGAGGACGACCACCUAAGAUUUCGAACUAG